AUGGACCGCCGUAAAAUCGUCCGAGGCCACACAGAGAAGCUUCCCAAUGAUCUCAUCAUCGAAGUACUCUCAAGAGUACCUGCCAAGUCAGUCGCAAUUUGUCGCUGUGUGUCGAAGCAAUGGGAUUCAUUACUUGUCAGCCAAGUUUUCAAGGAAUCUUUCCUAUCAAUUUCAUUGUCCCGGCCACGUCUUCUGUUCAACUUCAGUUUUAGAAGUAAGUGGCACUUCUUCUCAUCCCCUCAGCCUCAAAAAUUUGGUGACAACUUCAGUAUUGUAGCAAAUGAACAUCAUAUGGGUUCUUAUGAAUAUUGUUACAUACAAAGUUGUCAAUCUGUUCAUGGAUUUAUCUAUCUGAGGUAUGGGUCGAGGAGAACGAAUAUAUAUGAGACGACUCAUGUUAUAUACAACCCUUGCACGAGGCAGCACCUUACUUUACCUAAACUGGAAAUUAAGAGUAUUGAUUUGCAAAGCUUUCUCACUUAUGAUCCAAUCCAAAAACAAUUCAAGGUCUUGUGCAUGACCGUAGUUUUUAGACCACCAGGAAGUAUCUAUAGAGUCAACUAUAAAGUUCUGACAUUAGGUACUGGAGAGCUGUUGUGGAGAGAUGUUGAAUGUUCGUUUCCGCAUCAUCCUAUGAGCGAGAUGAAUGGGAUAUGCAUCAACGGGGUUUUAUAUUGCUACAUAGCUUAUGGAAAUGGCACUAAUGCUUCGGAAAUAGUUUGCUUUGAUGUAAGUUCUGAGAAGUUUAGUUUCAUAAAAAUAGAUAAGGACCGCUUUGUGAAGAAUCUCAUAAACUAUAAGGGAAAGUUAGGUGUCCUAGUGUGUUUUAAUUAUUCCCUUAGAUAUUAUAAUGAGGUAUGGAUUCUAGAUGACACCAAUGAAGUUAAAUGGUCGAAGCACAUGUUUGUUUUGCCAAUACAAGUAGUGAAAUCAAUGCGGGCAACUGAUACUGGUGAAAUAGCUUGGACUACUCCAUCAUAUGUUUUCUACUACAAUAUGGAGAGUAGGAAUGGAAGACAAGGUAACUACAAAAGGGUUAGAAGAGUUGAAAUCAAAGGAAUGGAAGACAAGGUAACUACGGGAAAAGAUCGCCAUGAGUUUCACACUUCCAUGAAUCAUGUUGAGAAUCUGAUGUUUCUCUAUAAGGAAACCGGUAUAAUUCAUGGCACGAUCGUGAAUCAGACCAUCUAUAGUGUGACGAAGGACAAGGCCGACCUCUUUAUUAAGCUCUCUCAAUAUGGAUCGUCAGCAUCUAAUAACAAUGUGACUCAGGAAGGUAUCAACCCCAUGAUCAUUGAGGAUAUACCGACAAGCAAGGGUCAUCACUCUAGGUUAGGAAAUCGUGUUUCUUCUUCUUCUAUUUACCGAGACCCCGAGAUCAUACAAGAGCUCAGGGAAAAGGAUGCUCGGAUCAAAGUAUUGGAGAAGACAUGCGAGACAAUCUUGGCACAGAACGCGGAGAUGAAGCUGCAUGUUGAAGAGAACGCUCGACAAAACGCGGAGAACAUGAAGUUCAUUGACAUGAUUCGGAGGCGAUUCGGGAACUUUUAG